ACUCUCAGCAGCUGUCAGAUGCCCAAACGGCAAAAAAAACACGGGAUUGUGCAGCAGGACAGAUGAAUGUCGUACAUUUCUGAGCAGAGGUGGUCUUCUAGUAACAUAGACUGCUGAUAUUCCCCAUUCCUGACCUCUCUGACCCCCAUCCCAUCAUCACCAUGGAGACCGCCAACAGCUACGUGCUGAUCCACGGGAAGAACAUAUCCCAAAAUACCCUGGCAGGCUCAGCUAUGGGGCCCCACAUGUCCAUAGACAAGCUUUUCCCGGCUCUCCUCGAGUGUUUUGGCAUCAUAUUGUGUGGAUACAUCGCUGGAAGGGCAGAUAUCAUCACUCAGAGCCAGGCGAAGGGUUUGGGGGCCUUUGUGUCUAAGUUUGCUCUUCCUGCUCUGCUCUUUAAAAACAUGGUGCUAUUGGACUUCAGUGACGUCAUCUGGGCGUUUCUCUGGAGCGUCCUGGUGGCUAAGGUGACGGUGUUUGUGCUGGUGUGUGUGCUGACUCUGAUGGUGGCCAGUCCAGACUGCAGAUACAGCAAGGCUGGCCUGUACGCCAUCUUUGCUACACAGAGCAAUGACUUUGCCCUAGGAUACCCUAUAGUUGAUGCUUUAUAUCGGAGCACAUAUCCAGAGUACCUCCAGUACAUCUAUCUAGUUGCCCCGGUCUCCCUCAUGCUCCUCAAUCCCAUCGGCUUCGCUCUUUGUGAGGUGCAGAGGUGGCGGCAGGCCAGCCAUUCACACAGCACUCUUGGCAUCCUGGGAGUUGUAGUCCUACAGGUGUUGAAGAACCCCAUAGUCUUCAUGGUGAUAAUAGGAAUCGCGUCCCACUUUGUCCUCGGCCAGCAGAUCCCUGCUGUGCUCUCUGAGUUCAUAGACGGUUUGUCGAACUCGUUUGGAGGGGCGGCCUUGUUUUACCUCGGCCUCACUAUGGUCGGCCAGCUUAGAAAACUAACCAGAGACACUGGAGUGGCCCUGAUUCUCCUCAUCACAGCCAAACUCCUGGUGAUGCCGCUGGUCUGCAAAGACAUGGUGGAUAUUCUGGACGUGGGCGUGAACAGCACGAGUGCCAACCACACUAGUUUGUCUAACUUUGCUUUCCUAUACGGAGUCUUCCCAACCGCACCGAGUGUGGCCAUCUAUGCUGCGCACUACAACAUCGAGCUCGAGGUGGUAACAUCGGGGAUGGUAAUCAGUACGUUUCUGUCGGCCCCGAUCAUUUACGUGUCGGCCUGGUUAUUAACAAUCCCUCUGAUGGACCCGACCCCGCUGGUGACGGAGCUUGAAAACGUUAGCUUCAACAUUAGUAUCGUCAGCCUCGUAGCACUGGUGUGGACCAUAGUGGUGAUGCUGCUCAGCAGGAAGUUCAACAGACUUCCUCACCUCUUUGCCUUAAAUCUUUUCCUUGCUCAGUUUCUGGUGUGUGUCAGUAUGAUCCUGUGGAACGUUUUGGUGACGCAAGAGGAUAAUAUGCUCGGCAAGAUUCUCACCUUCACUCUGCUCUAUGGGUCUCUGUACAGCACCUACAUUUGGACAGGUUUGAUCCCUCUCUGUCUGGCUCUGACUAACAGAGAUGAUCUGCUGAGACUCCGACCAGGAGUAUUCAUGAUCUUGGGCUGGGGGGUUCCCUUCCUGAUGGUUGGAGGUCUUCUGUUAUUAGGAGAGAGGACUGAUACCAUAGACUCUGCCUUCUUCUAUGGUAGAGCUCAGAUAAUCAGCACCACAGUGGUGCUCGCAGUCAGCCUGUUGCUUGGUGCGAUAUCUCUGAUGGGUCUCAGCCAGGGGGUCAGGGAGCAGAGCGGCUACGAGGCCCUGAACAGAGCUGCUGUCACGGGCCUCAGUGAUGAGCUGGGGACCUCUGGUGGCCUGGAAGAUCCACAACAACAACAACAACAGCCACAGACGGCAGAUUCACCGGCCUGCAGCACCCACUCCGACUUCCACAGCUUCUCUCCUCUCCAGCCGAUACCUGACAUGAUAGCCAGCACACAGACUGAGCUCACAAACGGCACAGGCCACAGUGGGGCGCUGUGUGACGGGCCGCAGCUGGGUUCUUCCUCCUCUGAGCAGCCGCUGAACCUGCCGCCACCCGGGCUUCAGCCCCCUGAUGAGAAGCAGACAGUCAGACACGUUCUGCUCUGUCUGCUGCUGUUUGUCAGCCUGCUCGCCAACCUGUCCAGCUGUCUGUGGUGGCUGUUCAACAAAGAUCCAGGAAGACUUUACCUCGAACUACAGUUCUUCUGUGCUGUGGCAAACUAUGGACAGGGUUUCCUGUCCUUUGGGAUCUUUGGCCUGGACAGACACCUCAUCAUCUUGCCCUUCAAGAAGAGGUUGCUCGGGCUGUGGCAGGGCAGGGACAGUGAGGAUCUGAGUCCCUCAGCUGUACCAGAGGAAGUCAGACUCACCUGUACGCAGUUUGUCCGCUACCACAAAGACCAGUGUGUACAAGACAUCGUGCACACGCGCAGGUUUGGAGGACGACCAGAAGAGGAGAAUGGGGCUUUGAGACAUCCCCCCUCCCAGCAGACCCCGUACCUACACCCGCAUCAGGACUUUCUUGAGCAACUAAACUACGAGCAGCAGAAUCUGCACCAGAUUCCCCAACAUCCCUCUCCAGCUGAAUCCUGCGGCCAGUGUUCGCUACCCCCCCGACCCCAGCUUGAGCCUGAGAAUGAAAACCAAGCACAUAUUUUCAACUCUGAUUUCCCAGAGGAGCAGAUUCCCCAUCUCCAGUCUAACCAAGCUCAUGACCCAGCUAACCCUCUCCACCUACACCAGCAUGGUCUUGCUUCGAGCCCACCCCACCUCCAUCUCCAGUCCCAUUCUGAAAGUGCGUUUCGGGGCAGUGACUUUGUAGACUGGCUGGUUGAGCGGGGCCUGUGUGCUGGGCGAGCCGAGGCCGUACUGUAUGGCGUUCGACUCCAGCAGGGAGGAGUGUUUGAUCAUCUGACGGGUCGGCACAGCUUCAGGGAUGAACCCUCUCUGUACUGCUUCACACAGGGGAGCGAGGGAGCGGAGGGAUGGUCCCACAUCGUGUGAGCGGGAGUGAGGAGAUGUAUGUGAAGGUGUGUUUGCCCACUCUUUACCCCAAAGCUGGUUCCUGCGACUGUGAGGCUUCAUUUGCAGUUUGUUCAAUAAUUCCAGGUGACAUGAAAGCCAUAAAAUACAAGAAGAACAAACUGGCAUGAAGAAAGUGAUGGAUGGUGUUGUGGAGACAGUUGAGAAGGAAGAAGGACGCUCCCUGCUGGUACUUCUCCUGCCUCAGGAACACCUUUUCUUUAAUUCAUCAUUAUUUAUUUUUACACUUUAAGACAAAUAAGCUUUGUUUUAAGGACAGGCUGCCAUUCAUCAGCCUGGUGUCCUCACAUAUCGUAUUAUUUAUGAUAAAUGUGCGUGCAAGUGGUGUGAAGACCAUAAAGUACGAGCAGACAAGUGAACUCAUGUUACUGUAUUUUGCUCUCAGCCAAUGAGCUGCAGGGCUGCUCACUGAAAGCCAAUGAGCUGCAGAGCUGCUCGUUCUGUUUUACGUUGUCUUGUUUCCGUUCAGAUGACAUAAAUGCAUCUUGAACCUGCCUGUUAUUUCAGUAUUUGGUAUUUAGCACGUUGUGUCUUUUAACCACUCUGGUCUACGUUGACUACUUGCAUGACUCGGAGCAGAACAGACUUGUGCUCAGCACUGAACCUUUUGAACUGACUGAAUAAUAACUUAAAUUAUGCAACUCACUGGAUAUUUGUCUUGUGACGAUGCUGCGGAAGAUGGUUAUCUCUGCUUUGUGUAAUUGUGUUGCCACAUGUUUUGGGACAGACUGUGCUCAUGCCACCAGAUGGACUCAUUCAGCCAUAGUGGAACGUUAUUAAAGAUUCUUCUGAGAGACUAAUCCUAAAUGAAAGAAAUUCACCAGAACCGUUUAUCUAAAACAAGUCCAUUUGAAUUUCUCCUUUUAUCUUGAUACACUUUGAUAAGACUGACUCAAAGUGUGUGUGUGUGUGUGUGUGUGUGUGUAGGCUGUGAAUCACAACCACUACUGAACCGUUUACAGAUUGUUUGGCAGCACCAACACUACACUACAACUUCUGUUUGCCUGUUAAGUUGCUGCUGACGUGUGAUGUUGUUACGAUGAAGUUUACCGUGUGUUGGACGGGUUGUAGAAGAUGGAUGGUGAUAUAUGCACUCGUGAGUAGACCGCUAGUGUCGAACUGAGGCUGUGAUCUGAUUUGUCUGUCGCCUUGCUGGUAGUGAGACCCCAUGCUGACCCCUGACCUUUCACCUGAAGCAUAAUGUCCUCUGUUCUUCUGGAUCCCUUUUGUUCAUCACAAACCUUCCAGAAGCUACGUGCAUGUAUGUCUAUCUCUGUGUCUUCUGCCAACUGACACGACAUUUAAGUUCAUGCAAGCAAAUCACAUCAGGUCCUUGUGUUUACUGAGUGCCUGUCUAUGCCAAUGUGAAGGUGUGUGUGUGUGUGUGUGUGUGUGUGUGUGUGUGUGUGUGUGUGUAUAUGAACAAAAAGUGUGUGGGAAAGUUCUGAGAGAUGUGAACAUGAGGUGUGUCCAUGUGUUGUUGGUAGACGGGUUAGUGUAACUGGAUGUUUUAAGUGUGCUGCUGUAAGUCAACAACUGUGUGACCGUAAGAGUCACAAAUAAACUGUUUGCAUCCAAAA